AUGUCGUCUGGCGUUGUACGCUCUACCGCCCUCAGGGCUGGUGGUGCUUGCGUGCGUUGUCGCAAGGGCAAGACAAAGUGCGUCUAUGAGAAUGGUAGAGCACCAUGCAAGAACUGCGCAAAGGGAAUGCAUGACUGCUAUCUACCUUCAGAGAGUAUGGCCCAUCACCACGGCCAAAGCCCAGCGCGACACGCCAAUCCUCACCGGCCACCUCGCGACAGUCUUCCUGCUGCAGGACCUGGCGUUGUUGCUGAAGCGCGACAGCCCGUGGUAGGCUCUAGCGCUGCUCGUCAUGUUCAAACAGGCUCUGAUAAGCUCACCCCCGAGCUGAUCGCUGAGUGUGAACGUGUUGUAUCGAAAACAUUUCCAGCCUGUGUUGCGUUUCACAAGCCCUCUUUUGUACAACAGCUGAAGAGCGCGUCCUUGGAUGCUGCUUUGGUCUACGGUCUUUUGACUUGUGCCGCCAGGAGUUCUCCGAGUCUGAUCCGCCGAUAUGGAGGCCCUACUCAAGCUGCAGAGACAUUUGCUGCCAAGGCUAUGACCCUCAUCAACCAAAACUUGGACCAUCCUAAUCUCGUCGACAUUCAGGCUCUGUGCUUGAUCAUUAUCCACGAAUGGGGCUCGCGAAAUGCUGUUCGUGCCUACAUUUACUUGGGGCAAGCGGCACGCAUGGUUCAGAUGUAUCGCAUCUUGAACAGCCAUCAUGCGUCCCCCGAUGGCGAUAUGUUCUUGCGAGAUGAAUCUCUUCGGCGUACUGUUUGGCUUAUUUACAUCUUGGAUUGCCUUCUAACUAGCACACCGGGACGUUUUGCAGCACUGUCUUCUCUCGACACCGCAGAUGUGCCUUUGCCUUGCUCCGACAUCAACUUUGCAUUUGGCAACGCUGUCUUUGUUAAGACCCUGCGACAGCAGCUUGAUCCUACUGCCGUUCCACCUGGCCAACCACCAUCUGAGAUUGGAGAGUUUGGUUACAUAGUUUUGGCUUCGACAAUCUGGCGUGACGUUGUUGGAAUGCUUACCACUACUACCCUCGCGAGUUUCCGCGAAGAGGACUGUGGCGAUUUAAUUGCCAAGAUUGAAGGUCUCCGAGCUUCUUUGCCCAUGCAGUUCGUGGACAAGCCGGGCCAGAUCAACCUACAUAUGACGAUGGGCUCUGGCUACACCUUUGCCAUGCUUCAUUGCCUCCUACAUUGCGCAACGAUCUUUGUCCAUCGAAGGCGGCUGUUGCAGGAAGUUACUUCAGUGAACUUCAACCUAGAGUCAUUCCGCCUCAACGCUCGAUGUCACGAUAUCAUUGAUCGGCUCUUUACUUCCUGCCACGGCACGAUCUCUCUACUCACCGCUGUCGAGGCAGGUUCCGAGAAGGACCACACCCCUUGCUUUCCGAUCUUCAUGCUAUUUUCGGCUUUUACAGCCAGCGCCACUGUCGCUUACCUUUCUCUCAAGGGCCUCACACCGCCCAACGCUGUCGAGACCGCCGCUCACAUUGUCAAGGAUGGCCUACGAUUUAUGAGUGAUGGCACUGAGAACUGGCCUCUGAUGGGCAGCUGGCUUCGACACCUCACCGUCAUGCAAAGAGUGCUUAACAAUGAUGCUGCAGCUGCCAAUGGUGGCUCCUUGCGCCAUGGCUCGACAUCUCACGGUGCAGGUGUCAAGGAUGAAAUCUCAUCCAACGCUGACACCAACCCGGAUGCGAUGGAUUAUGACCAGCAGACGAACCACGCAGGUAGCGUCUCAGGCCAAGGCAACCCUCGAUCUGUCUCAGAGUCUGUGCGUGGCGAUAGUGAGCCUCCUGUUGUUCUGGCAAGACGACCUGGCGUCACAACCAUCAACGGUUCUGGGGGAGCAUCCACCCCUACGACAGUUUCGCCACCACCGUCUAAUACGACCCACGGAGCAGUACCCGAUAUCAAACAGCAGCCUAUCCCAGAAAUGGCAAAUGGGAUUGUGCCUCCUCAGGAUGGACAGACGACGAGCCAGGAUAUGACUGCACCAGAGCUUUGCCAAGCCUUUGAGCGACAGCUCCUUGAUCUCGACGAUCUUGCGGCUUUCAUGGGUGGGGGUGUUUAG